AACCGCCUCCCUCCGCCCUCUUCGCAUCGACUGAAAAUUUGGAAAAUUUGGAAUUGGGUAUAUUCUAGAAUACUCUCUCGCGUUUACAUUUUCCUUUUUCUUUGUGUUUUUUUGGGCUUUUUAACACGACAAUAGCCGGAGGAUCUAUGGCGGUUUCUUCUUCCUGUUCCUUGGAUUGCCCUGUCCAUUGGUUCGGGGACAUGACCAAAAUUACAGCUGCCGGGAAUGAUUUUCCCCCACUACAGCCGGGGGCGGGCAUGGCAACCUUGGUUGCGGUGCUGCUGCUGAUAAUCUUAUAUUCGUGCGUGCUUAUUUCCAUGGACAAUUUCCGAGAUGCUAUUUUCAUGUGCCAGCAUGGAAUUUGCAGGCCCAUGCGGAAGGUCAUGAGUCUAUUAACAUGGAUGGGAGCCCUUGGGGUGAUCAUCAAGCUUCCUCCGAUCUUGGUUGCUAAUGGCUAUGGUGUUUGCGAGUUGUAUCCCUAUGUUGUUGGCUUUGAGUUUAUGUUUUCCAUUGGAUUUGUCUACAGGGUAUGCCUGUCACUAUUACGAAUUUGGCCAACUGUAUCAUUGUCCACUAGUUAUAAGCCGCGAUCCAUGGAGGAAAACAAUUUUGAAACGUAUGGCUGCUUUACAUCAUAUUCAGAUGUGGCCAAGAGACUCAGAGACAAGAACUACCUGACCUCGCAUGCGAGGCACAUGAUAGACAUUGGUUCUUUGUCAGUCCGCCUAGCACCAGUAGUUCUCAUGCUAGUGUUGAUAGCUAUACGGUGGAACCCUCUACAUAUCCUGAUAAUGUUCUUCUACUGGAUAUGCUUAAACAUUGCGGUCAUGCAAUGGUCCUUACCCUAUUUUGUCUCUAGUCAAAUUGAAGAAGUGCCUCUGGAUGACAAAAAAGUUGAAUCAGUGAUAUGACAUUUAGGCCUAUCACCUCUGCAGAUAUUCUUGCUUAAGACUGGCAAUGCGGUUUUCAAUAAGGCCAAGCUGAUUCUGUACUUUGCAAGUUCUAGGGUUCGGUGUUUUGUGAGGAUGAUCCAGGAGAAUGGUUCUCAGGACUUCUGAUUUGGACUAGGAAACGGUGAUUAACUGCCUUUUGAAAGAAAGAUGUUUGAUAGGAGUAUAGAACUGAAAGGAAUUCACAACUCUAGUAUCAAGUUUGAAUGCAGACCGGUGGAUGAUGUGAUACCGUUGGUUCAGUUUCAGAACGUACUGGAGCAUGAAUGAUUUAGUAAAUCCAAGAAUAUCUGAAGUUUCAUGGUGUGCUUUGCAGAACAGAAGCUUUUGACUCUGUAAAGAUUAAGGAGCGAGGAGAAUUUUAAUUUAUUUUGUCCUUUGUUUCUCUUGGUCUGGGUUUCUUAUUUGUUGUUCUGUUGCUUAGGACUUCUUAGAUGUGGUUCCCAUCGGGUUCAUGUUUUGCAGCGAAAGGACAUGAAGCUGCCUACUUUAAUUUAGCUUACUGCAUGUGGCAACCAGCUGUGUGAAGCUUUGAUUGUACAUAUGCCAACUUUCCCAAUGUCCCCAAAGUAAUAUGCGAACACCUCUGGAGUGGUGGAGGCUGAUCUCGUCUUUUAUUUCUUCUC